AAAGCUGUCAAUCACCCAUCUUCAUCUUUCAAAUUUCGCUUAGGUUAUGUUUUCAGAUUAAAUAAUAAUCAUGUCUUUAUUAAAAUUCGUAAGAUCUAAUACAAAACACAUAUUUGUUAAAUAUAAUGAGACGCAGGCUUGUAUAGUUUCAUGUAGAAAAUUAAGUAUUGUGCCAUCUGUCUAUGAUAAAGAUAACCCAGCGCCGAAGUUUUUUUCAUCAGGUGUUCAAAUUCUCUUAAAAAGAUUAACAAGACCUGAUUUCGCGAAAGUAUUCCGCAAAAGAACUAAUGGUUCUGGUCCUGUUCUGCGUACGCCUAUAUAUAAGUUUCUAACUGACGAAGAAUUAAAUGUUGAGAGACAGAUAGCUAAUAAAAGUGCAGAUCGAUUAUUACAGAUGCCUCCUGUUGUAAAGAUUCUUGAACCAGUUGAAGAUGUUCUUUCAAAGGACCCAGCUAUAGUUGGAUAUGAUAACAGCACAUAUAUGUUCACAGAUAUUACUUUUGGUAUUGAUAAUGAACAUAGAAUUAUUAUACAAAGGAAACCAGAUGGAACACUGGAAUCUUGUGAUCAAGACACCAAGAAGAGACUGAAUCAGAUAUAUUUUCCAAUACCAGGCCGCAAAUUACGAGAGCCGAAGGUAUUUUCCGAACAAGAUAAGUUUGACAGUUUGUUGGAGCGAGAGAAAUAUGAAUACAUAUUGGACCGAGCAUGCGUGCAAUAUGAACCAGAUGAACGAAAAUAUCAAGAGAUAACCAGCAUCACCUACCAGCAUGUGGAUAUGAAUAGCAAGUUUGAUUUACUUAGGUCAACACGCCAUUUCGGUCCACUAGCCUUCUACCUCACCUGGCAUCACAGUAUGGACAAUUUAAUGCUGGAACUGGUACAGGGUGCUGCAAUUCGCGAAGCAGUGUUGCUGAUUUCGUUGCGGCAUGCUAUCCACGCUGACGUUUCAAAUGGAGAGGACAGCAAUGCUCUGGUGUCUGAGAUCAUACCAAAACCUGUUCAGCUAACCAAGCCAGAAAUACUUACUGAAGAGGAUAUUAAACUAGAUACCAAAUGCACAGAUAUUGUUGAUAAAUAUAUCAAAGAUUCAUCUUCUAUGAAGAGUCAACAGGCAUUAGCUUUACAAGGCUUUAAAGAGUACUAUCAACAAAUGGUCGACCUUAGUAGGGGUCUAAAGAAAGCCCAUGGAACAGCCUAAAUUAUUGUAUAUAGAUUUAAUAAAUGUUUAGAUUAAGAA